AUGACUGACUUGUCAAUGUGAGAACUAAUUAACAGAGUAACGAAGGUAAUAAUUAUUGUUAUUAACCAGUGCUAUCACCCGACCGGAAAUGAGUUCUUCAAGCGAGAGUACGAGACGUGAUGACAACAAUGAAAGGCUGAGCACUGACAGUUCCGAUAUUGGAGGCGAAAUGGCGGAAAUAAACUACAAAGUACGGCAAGAAAGUGGACAAAAUACAAGCAUGUCGCCAUCAAGACCCUUGUCAAUGAAAUUGUUCGCUUCUUGGGAAGUUGAAAGCAGUUCUUCAAGCUGUGUGCCACGGUGAGUGUUCAUAAUUAAGAUGUGGUUUGAAUGUGGUUUGAACAUUUAUAUGACAUUGUGAUCUUAGCAGGUUUUUGAAAUAAGAAAUACUGAUUACAUUAGUUUCGCUUCAUUAAAGAGAAAGAAAAGACAGUUUUGUGAUGUUUAGCUGUCGGUAAAAAUAAGGCGAUAAUAUAUUUGGUUCAAGGUGUUGGUAUAAUGUAAUGUUUAUAUAUGUCGGAAAUGAUUUGUUCAGUGUUUAUCCAUCUUUAUCGUUUACAUACUAUAAAAUGGAGUUGAAAUAUUAUCUAAAUAUUUCAUGCCGUUUAAUAUGUACCGUAUAAUGGCGUAUGUUGUAGAAAAGGUGUUUUUAAAUGUUAAAAUUAAGUGUUCCCACACUUUUAUGAAAAUUGGAGGCCCGAUCGACUUUUAACAUCUUCAUUUUCAGUUAACAUAUUAAUAUUAACUUAAUCAAAACACAAGUACAGAUGGAUAAAACAAAGGAACAGCUAGUUGAAAGCUGAUAAAUAUUGUCAACAUAAUCUAUUUUAUGAGGACUGACAGUCUUGAGCAAAUAGCCUCAAGUUUUUUCAAUCAUUAUUUCAAUACCUACACAAGCAAGCUUGCAUCAUGCUUUCUGCAUCAGAGUCAAUAAUCAAUAAAACGCACAUGCAGAUAAAGAAAUCCUGACACUAUGAUUGAAUCUUGAAUAAUGGGUGUAUUGAUGUACGAAAGAAGCAGAAAAUGUUUUUUCACACAAGCUAGGCUGGGAGCCCAAUCACAGAGUAGAUACAAAUACAGAAUUAUAACUAGUGUACCCACUUUUUUGUGCGCAUGCUUGGCAAGUUAUUAGAUGCAUCCCCAUUGGAUGGAGGCUUGCUUUAACUGCUUGUGGAACUUGCCGAGCAUGCGCAGUUGGUCAUUUUUUGCCCAGCCGCCUGAAAAAAGUGGGUACAUGAAAACGUAAUUUUCUGCAGUGUUUACGACGGCCAGUUCCACCUCUGUAUGUAUCUACUCUGUGGCCCAAUUAUAAGCUAGCACAUGUUGUUUCUGCAAGCUUGACUAGCUGUAUUAGCUGUUGGUGUUUAAAUAUAUGUCAAGGGUUUUGCAGCAGAAUGGCUGCAGCAGCUUCCAGCAGUGUGUGAGAAAUACAAUUCACAGUACAUCCUAUUUCUUUGAUGUACUAUAGUGUGAAUGACAACAUAUGCUAACUCUGAAUAGGGACUUGUCAACAUUCAACCUGGAACACAAUUCUAAUCAUUUUCCUGUUCAGAAUUGACCAGAAAAAUUCUGACACGAAUAUAAAUAUGACUAAAUUACUUCUAAACACAAUAAAACUAAUAAACAAAAGUGAAUAAAGUAAACAGUUUAUGGAAUUGAAAGGUUUACUACAUUUUUAAAUAUUAAAGAAAAAUAAAUGAGUUAUUUUGGUAAUUUAUAAGUCCCAAGAUUCAAGGAAUUUGGAAUUUCAAGCAAGUCUGAAUCCUGUAAAAGGGCAAACUUUGACAUCAAAAGUGCUCUAAUCCACUUGAAAUAUUGAAGUUUGUUCUUAAUUUUCAGUUUGUUGCAACUGCCUCCAGACGAUGAUUGAUACACUAUAAUCUCCGGACCAUGAUUGAUACACUAUAAUCUCCGGACUGGAUUGAUACACUAUAAUCUCCGGACUGGAUUGAUACACUAUAAUCUCCAGACUGGAUUGAUACACUAUAAUCUCCGGACUGGAUUGAUACACUAUAAUCUCCGGACGUCAUGAUUGAUACACUAUAAUCUCCAGACUGGAUUGCUGUCACUACCUAGCAGACAUCUUGAAAGUCUUCACUAAUAUAUUCAAAAAAUUAACAAUUAUAAUUUGAUGUUUUUGGAAUAAUAAAUAAUAUAAUUGUGAAUUGAAUUCUGCAUCAUUUCCUCAUGGUUAACCCCAGAAUUUCUCCAUGUCAACUGAUGAUUGCAAAUGCAUCCUGUUUCAUCACAUACAAUCUGUGAGAGUCUUAGUCGUGAGACUAAGGCAUACACCUAAACUAAAGUAAAUGGCAAACCAGCUUGCUGCAAUCUGUUUGCAUAAUUUCCCAUUCAAUUGAAUGCUUUGAUGAGUUUUAUUUGUAAACAUUAUUCAAAUUUCAAAUAUUUCAAUGUGUUUCCAGAUUGAGAUGUGCUCUUUAACAUAUUAUAUCUUUUUUGCUUGUUAUUGUAAAUGUACAGUAUAAUAGAGUAAGUGACAUGUUUUUCUGGUCUAUUGACUUAUUGUCUACUCAACAAACGGAAGAACAAUGUUUAUUGUCUCUUCAUGGCUUUGUAGAUAAGAACCCAUUUCAGGUAUCCAUGACCCUAUUGAACCUUACAUUGUUAUUUUACUGAGAGAUUUUCUCACCAAAGGCAAGGGAAAGUAUUGGGGGUUAAUGGAUUAGCCAGACAUAAUCUAUUUUUUUAUUCAGUUAAUGCAAGCAAAUUGAUGCUAAUGGCUAACCAGACUCUGCUCAUGCCUUUGUUAAUUCACAGGCCUUAAAAUAUCUUUUCCAGAGCCGUCUGACAAAAUGUCCGGUGACGUUGAGUUUGGGUCGGACAUAUGUCCGAUGACCUUCAAUUCAGUUUUGACUCGGAAAUAAGUCUGAAUGACACAAAUUAAUAAACAGUAAAUGUUGUAAAGAUAUUAAAUAAUUUGUUUCUUUCAUACUUAUUUCCAAGCCAAAAUUAACUUGCUUGCCAGAACAGCAAUAUUAAAAAAGACUUGGCAGCUUAAGACCGUUUUCCACUUCACCAUUUCGGUCGCCGCCCCGCGCUCGACUACGUUAAAACAACAUUUCCAGUUCACCUUUUACACAAUAGUACUCUGAUUUUCCAUUUAACACACAAGCCUCUAGUCCUGGGCUAGGGUACAUUUUGAUUUACGUAGGAUAAAGCUACAGGUCGGUCGGACACCAAUACACUCGGGUCGGACAAACAAUAAACCUCAGUUUCACUUUGGUCGGACAGAAUGUCCGGUGGCUUCCUCUCUACGUCGGACAAUUUCACGAAUGGGUCGGACAAUGUCCGUGACCGACCGAUAUUUUAAGGCCUGAAUUCAUGAACUGCAUAUGCCCUAAUGCACUCUGUCGUAUGCCAAAUGAUUUUCGAGAAGAAGUUUUGGGUUUUGAGUUUGGUAAAAUUCUGAUAACAAAUUUAAGACCCAGCAUUAGUUAAUGAACACGUACCCACUGCUUGUACGGCUAUGUUUUGGUUUUGUUAUUUGAUAAAGACGUGUAUUUUUUAAAGUUACCAUAGCAGCCCAAAAAUGAGUGUUAAAAUGCAUCGAGUCUACUUGGGCUGCCUAUGAAGGUACACGCAAAUAUCAUUUUGCAACAUUCACGUGUCGACAUCAUAUCAAUCCGUUACGUAUUGAAAUUAAAAAGUUACGUGUUUGGAUGAAAAGGUCACGUGUUUGAAAGGACAGUUAUUCCAGGACUACAUCGAUAGCAACGUCGCGCUCAGACCUUAGACUUAAUAUAGACGAGAUUAUUCUCUGUAUAUGGCGUCAUAUCAUGAAUGUAUUGUAGUGUAUACUGUCUUUCACUGGCGGCUGCUGCUGUUACAAAAUACUUCUUUCUUGUGUGAGAUAUAAUUGAAUGUUGAUAAUUAAUUCAUGGUUGUAUAAAAUAAUCCGAUCACAUCCUUUCUAUUUUUCCAUCUGGCAAACUUGUCCUUACUGUAAGAAAUAAGAAAAAACUUUUCUUAAAACGUGCACGUUAUUUUGAUGAUAAAAUAUAUUUAAUCAAUUUCAAAUAUCUAUUCUCAUGAAUUAUUUCUUACAUUUCAUUAUUCAUGUGGUGCAAAUCCCUAUUAAUUACAGCUUUAGAACGUAUAAGUAGAACUUUUUUGAGAGAAGCAUCGCUGGGACGGCCCGAUACUUGGCUGUGUUUGCGCCAGUGCUCUACAACUGUGACGUUUGCUUCGAAGAAAUGUAUAUACACGUUGUAUACUGUCAUUAACAGUUUUGAAUAAUUUUGAAAUGAUCUGAACGUAUUUUCAAUCUAGGCAGAUGAAUUUUGACUUGUGCAAGGCAGGUGUUCUUGUGUUGACCUUCUGCCUUGCAUAGAUUAUCAUGCGCUACUCACUUUGUGCCCAACCAAAACAUACCCAUGAUCAAUAAAACAUGUUGCAAUUUAUUCAAAUCCAGCGAAUGUAACAAUUGGUAGCGUCUUUUUCACCAUGUAAUUGUUCGUUUAAAAGUGAAUGUAUUCCUAUCUUCAUACCGUCGUUGUAUCACUAUUCAAUAAACAAUAAAAUCAUGUAAGGUGAAAUAUGGCGAUCAAUAAUAAACGACUUUCACAAUCUUAUUCCAUCAAGGGAGAGUAUAAUAUACAAUGCAGGUAUAUAUAUAUUGUUUUUAACCGGCUUGGAAGGCAGAUCUGAGUUAGAUAUAGCAGUUAUAUCUUUGCUAUUUUAUUUACCUUUGACAAUCUGUGUGAGUUCAUAUAUGAAAUGAUUGUUUACAAAUACUUUAAGAAAAUAGACUUUAAAUAUCUCUAGUUUGAACGAUGCUGCAUAUCGUUUCAUUUCCAAAUACUUGCGGUAAUACAAGAUAUGAAAGGCUUAAUAAUAAUAAUAAUAAUAAUAAUAAUAAUAAUAAUAAAGCUAGCUCUGCAUUUAUCUUUUUUAACUUAUGGCAAAAUACUUUCCUGUGCUCUACGGUGAUUUCCUGUGAAGAUGAACUAACGGAUUAAGAGAUUAAUAUCUCAAAAGGGAUUUCUUUACCAAUUUCCACACAUUCGUCUGCAAUGAAAAUAGCAUUAAAACGAAACUAUUCAAUCCAAUCUUCAGUUAAUCUGUCAGUGAUAAGAUAUAAGCUGGAUGUGUAGAGCGGUGAUCUAAAAACACGAAGAUGCAAAUCUAGACAAGGAAUUUUUCGUUAUUGCUUGCAGUAUUCCAAAACAAUGAUGUUAUUCCUUCAACAUGUCAGUGAGCUAUAAUGCUGAUUGAAAUAAAAAUAAAACUAUUAAAUGUAAAGUAACUCCUAAUGUAUUUUGUAUGUCCUAUUUUCUAUGUCCUAGGUUAUUUUCUGUGAAAUUAACUCGCCUUCAAAUCAUGAAAAAGAUGGAGACCAGUCUGAAUGAUGUCGUGAUUUCUGUUUCAAUGCAGGCAAGUUUUAUAUCUCGCUCUAGUUAUUAUUAAUUGCAUACUGAGCGCGUCGUAAUUGCGUUCCAAGCGCGUUCGAAAUGCGUUCCAAUCCUGGAUCUAAUUACUCUCCAUGUACGCCCGAAAUGCAUUCUGAAUGUGUCGGAAAUGUGUCGUAAUUGUGUACCAAACGCGUCCAAAUUGCGUUAUAAUUGAGUUCUAAAUGCAAGUUCGUUCCAGAUCGCACCAUUUAAAUGAAUGUAAUUUAUUCUGAUUUAUUCAGUGUUUCGUGUUUGUUCUGCAGGGAUCAAGGAGAGUGCUUCGUUCAAAUGAAAUCAGUUUGCCUUCAUCUGGAUUGAUUGAUACUGAUGUUGAUCUCUCAUUCUCCCUGCAGGUGAGUCUCACAUCCUGUGAACAUCACUACAUGUACCAAAAAGCAGUACCGCCGAGAGGUUGCGCGGGCCCUGGGGCAAAACUUUCUCAGCCCCAUGACGUCGUCAUUCUGAAUUAUUUGCAUAUUAUCCGACACUAACGCAGAUAGGAUUUAUUUUCUUGGUUAAGCAAUCUUGUAUCAAGAAAUUGUAAGGGCCUUCGUUGCUUUGGAGCCCAUUUUAAAUUGGAGACCCGCGGAAAAGUGCCACCCUGACCCCCCUCCCUAUCGGCUGCCCCGCCAAUAAAACGUUUUUCCUCUUCUCCAGUACCCGCAUUUCUUGAAGCGAAGUCGAAACAACGUCCAGAUAAUGAUUCAAAGAAGAAAACGAUAUAAAACAAGAGCUAUACUUGGGUUUAAAACCUUGGCUGUGGGGCUUGUUAACUUGUCUGAGGUAUGAUCAAUUUAGGGAUAGUACUUGAAGGUAAUAUUUCCGUUGAGGUUCGGUAUAAACUGAGACACGAUAUCUUUCAGAUCUUGCAGUAUCCAGUGAGUGCCAAACGACCAUUACAUAUGCACAUGAAAGGAGAUUCAACAAUUCUGGCGACUGUUACUAUGACUAACUUAACAAGGUAUAUGCACUAUAAGUUGCUCUUAGAUCGUUAAAAUCUUUUUACGAACUUCUGGAUCAUUCUUUUCAUUUUUGUCUGUUAUUCAGCCAACCAGUUGAAAAUGAUUUGGAUCGCGAACUACCUCAACGCAAUUCCGGUAAGCUUCGUGGAGUAUUUAACUUGGUAAUUUUUGCCAGCCCCUGCCUUACCUCUGACUGGAAAAUGACAUUCUCUUUAUCGUAGAUCGAGCUUUAGAAGAUAAUUCCAGUGACGAGGAAGACGAUUCUUACAGUUCUGAAGGUUCUGACAGCGCAGGAGAAAUGGAACCUGCUGUUCAAGUAUGUUGGGCUGUUUGUUGGUUUUGCUUGCACAACGUCCUUGAAACAUUCCUGAGUCAUUUGUUUCCAAAUUUCCAUAGUGAACAGGCUCUAUUGUCUAUAUUUAGGAUAUGCUGGGCCCGUCAACGAAAGGAAGAAAAGUAAAGUUUAGACCGGUAAGAUAUUACUGAACACUUCUACGGAAUAUUCAACUUGUAAUAUUUCUAUAUUACUUUUUCGCAUUAUACACGAUAUAGAAUCAGAUAAAGUUUAAGAAGAAAUUUAUUGCGCUUCUCAAGAAGUUCAGAGUUCCAGAAGAAGAGGUUUGUGAACGAUAACAAUAGAACAAUUAAACAGGAACAAUAGAAUAAUACAUCUGUGAAUAGUAGAACAGUAAACGUGAACAAUAGAACAAAAAACGUGAACAAUAGAACAAUAAACAUGAACAAUAGAACAAUUAAACAUGAACAAUAGUAUAAAUUAAUAGAUCUGUGAACAAUAGAACAAUAAACAUGAACAAUAGAACAAUUAAACAUGAACAAUAGUAUAAAUUAAUAGAUCUGUGAACAAUAGAACAAUAAAUAUGAACAAUAGAAUAAAUAAAGAUGAACAAUAUAAUAACAGAAGUGUAAACAAAGGAACAAAAGAACGAGAAAAAAUGACACUAGAAUAAUUAUGUAUAAUAGAGCACUGGAACAUAAAAUAUUUAUGAACAGUAAAAAAGGUGAAGCACUAAUUGUCGGGUGUUGCAGGUAUUUGGUGAGAGCAGCCCGCGUGAGGCUGAGGGAGGGGAUGAACUGGCUGAUGACGUCAUCUACCCUGAAGAUCUGGAGUUAUAUGAUAGUGAUGCAGAUAGUGACGUGGAACUGGGAGAUAAUGCAAGUAUCAAAUCACAGGAUAAACCUAAACUCAGGUAUGAAACAUGGCGUCCAGUAGAAGAAAUAGUCUCUGAGAAGCUGCUGUUGUUUGUGCAUGAACUACCUAUUAAAUAUUAAAUCGUCAUAUAUAUUUAUUACUACUCUCUAACAACAACUGGUCUGUUUUUAAGGCCAUACUUCGACCGAGCUGCCUCUGUUGAUAGCAUGUACGUGGAGAAAAAACUGGUAGGAAACGACAUUUUACUAAUCCUCCUCAGUUUUGUUUUGUUGCUUUUCUAACUUGUUAGUUGACAAAUAACUAAAGAUUUGAUAAAUAUUGAUGUUUGCAGAAAUCAGGAAAAGGCGUGAAAAAUAUGACGAGGUUUGAUAGUGAAGAAUCGACGGAAACCGAACAUCCCAGUCAGGUAAAACCAUCACUUCACUGGAUAAAACAUAGAUCCAGUGUGUGUACACAUACAUCCACUGUGUACAUACACAUGGAUCCACUGUGUGUACACAGAGAUCCAGUGUGUGUACACAUACAUCCACUGUGUACAUACACAUGGGUCCACUGUGUGUACACAGAGAUCCACUGUGUGUACACAUACGUCCACUGUGUGUACACAUACUGUACAUCCACUGUGUGUACACAGAGAUCCAGUGUGUGUACACAUAUAUCCACUGUGUACAUACACAUGGGUCCACUGUGUGUACACAGAGAUCCACUGUGUGUACACAUACGUCCACUGUGUGUACACAUACUGUACAUCCACUGUGUGUACACAGAGAUCCAGUGUGUGUACACAUAUAUCCACUGUGUACAUACACAUGGGUCCACUGUGUGUACACAGAGAUCCACUGUGUGUACACAUACGUCCACUGUGUGUACACAUACUGUACAUCCACUGUGUGUACACAGAGAUCCAGUGUGUGUACACAUACAUCCACUGUGUACAUACACAUGGGUCCACUGUGUGUACACAGAGAUCCCAAGUGUAUAUACAGCGAAGGUCCUCUCCUCAGUAAUUUGCUUUUCUCUGCCAGAUAAUGUUCGAUUCAUCCUGAAAAUUCGCACAACUUUUGAACAGAGUAUCUUCUUCUAAUCUUGAACUGUCUCUGCCAGUGUAGGUAGUGCCAGUCUUUGAAUGUUUUCAUGUUUUGGUUUGUGGAGGACAACGUAAAGCAUUUGAUUCGUAAUACAGGAUUAUUAGCACUUGUAAAGAUCCACACUUACGGAUGGAAAGCUUUGCAAUUAUAAAUAUUCGAAUAUCUUUCUUUCCUUAGGAGGUCACAUCGCCACACUCUGAUUCCGAACGCCACUCUGACUCCCCUGCGGCUCAUUCAGACACGCCUCUCACUCACACUCAACUACAGAAGUUGAAAGAUGGAAGCAAUAAAACACGACGAAGUUUAUCUGUCAAGGAACGCAAGAAUAAGAAUAAAGUCAAAUUGGAAAGAAGAAAGAGCGACUUGGAGAUACAGGUAAAGUUGAAGCUUUACGAAUAUUAGGGUUUUUUUCUUAUUUAUUUAAUUCCACAAUUGUUGCAUCUUCGCAGACGAUCGAAAAUCAUUAAUCUUGCUAUGUUUGCCGUUCCUCUGCUAAAAUUAUGGAGAGGUUCGGAUUUUAACGUCCGCUACCCGCUACUUAACCAAUCAGAUGCGUGUAAUUAACCCGAUUAGCCAGCCAAAUUCUUACGCAUUAAGACAGUGAGAGGUAGUACUAGUGUUCAAUCUGAAUCUUUCUUAUGUUUCUUAUAUUACCUUAAUUUCCUCUUCUUCAGGAUGUUCCGAAGAGUACGGUCUCAGAGCAACUCUCUGCAUGUUUUCCUUCAGACGAUCAAUUACCACCUAGUAUAUUGAUGGUUGAUACUUCUGAAUGGCAAGGACAGGUAAGAGGGAAGGUUUCUCUAACACUAUUCAACAACAUGACGUGAGUGUUUCCUCACACUUUAUUUAAACACGCUGACCCCGUCAACCGAAGCUGAUUCCCACGAGGGGCGUGUACAAAAGUAUACAUAUAAAGAAAUUUAAAAGCUGUUUGCAAAAUUAUAUAUAGUAUUAUAUAUAACGUAAUUAACUAAAGUAUAGUAUAUAAUAUGUACGCCAAGUUUAAAGUAACUUUUAUCUUAUUUAGUUGCUGGCACUGAAGUUGAAAGGAAAGCAAUCAAGAAUUAUUUGUACGAAUUCUGACAAUGAAGUGCAGGAUGCGAUUGCCGCAAUUUUAGUCAAGUAUCAAAAAUUGUAAGUAAUGAUUUUAUGCAUGCUUUUAUUAAGACAAAUUUUCCACUGCUAAAAUUCCAUGUCUUAUUUCAGCUGUCAUAAUCAUUCCAUCCCUCCUCCAUGUCUGAAGAUCGCCAUUGCUGGAACUGAAGGAUAUAUUGGCGUUGUUUUACGACCCUUUGUUGAACAGUUCUCAUCCAAACCAAUGUGGCAAAGUUAUGUUAGAUUUCUUGUCAUUCCGCUAGGUAGGCACCUAUGAAUAUGUACGGGGCAGUUGAUCACAUGACAGUUUGAACCGGCCUUUUCUUAUUCCGCUUGCCGUUCUUGUUAUUUCAGAAAGCAAUCAUUCAGUGGGGAAAUACAUCUCACAUGUCGAUUCAACAUACAGCUCGUUGUUCAUGGAUAGUGUUUGGAGGGAUGUGUUUGAAAAACCUGAUUCUAAUGCAGGUUUGUUUAAGAUAUAUGUGUAGGUUUGUGUUAGCUUGAAAAAACUAGCAACUUUUUUUUUAUGUGUUAUGUAGAUUUUGAAACUGUGAAUCAACGUAUUAAUACGUAUGUGAAAGGAGCAAGUGUUACACAUCAUCUUCCCAUUGCCGAAGCUCUCAUCAACAGACAUGGCUCUGACGAUGAUUCUUCAAGAUUCAUACCAUUUGUCGGAGUAAGUAAUCACAGAAUAAAUGUAUAAAAAUCCCUUCAACAAUGUGUAUCACUCACUGAAAUAUUUUGCGUAUUACAAUAUUGUUUAUUGUUUUAGAUGGUAAGAAUUGGAUGUGUUGAAUUAGGUAAGUAUCAUGGGUUCCUUUGCCCUAGACUAAAUUUGUGUUUGAAGGUUUAACAUGUCAAAUUCCUACGUUUCCGUGUACAAAAAGCACGAGUAUUGUAAGAUGUACAUGAGUAUAUCUUUGUUUCGCUUUGCAGGUGAAACUGAAGACAUUGUGAAUGGAAAUACUACAUCUCCAGGAACAUCACAAAUCACUCACGUCAAAGAUUCAACUCAAACGACAAACAUCACUAGUGCCAGUCCACCUAAUGAGACGAAACUGGGGUCAGCUGCUAACAAGUAUGUUUUACAUGUUCAAUUGUGAUUUGGAGGAGCCAAGGCCCUUACCAUAAAACUUGCUAUAACAAUAGUGCCAUCCAGUCGUGAUCCAGUUAUUGGAAUGUUCUACAUAUACCGUAGCACAAGGAUAUUCUGUGUUAAAGUUGAUAUAAACUCGAACGGUCUCUGCCAGCGUAUAUAGUGACAAUAACAGCAGAAAGCUGCUGAUCAACUUCCUGAUAAAUUUCUUUCCUAGGGAAAGCAAUGCUCAAACUGCGCUGCCUUGUAAUGAAGUGAUGGACUUACAAGUUGACUAUUGGACGACUGGAGGCAAGAAGGAAAGUAGUAAGGUAAAAACUAGAUGGCAAUUGUAAACUGGGGAGGGUAGGGACUGCGAGGGACUGGGUACAGUUUGUUGCAAUUGGUAUUCGGUAAACGUUUUUAAAAUCUAAGAAUAAUAACGAAUUUCUUGACGACAUCCACAAAUAUUGUGACUAUUCAUUCAUUAUCUAAGAUAAAAUACUAAAUACAAGAUAUCAAUAAAAUGGGUACACAGAUAAUAUUAAACUAAAUUCCGUAGAAUGAUUAGUUGAAAGUAUUAAAAUUAAGUUUCUGAGGUAGAAUUUAACUAUAAGCCGAUCUUGAAGGCAGAAGUUGUAACUUUUCUUUGCAGUCAACGUUGAAGACGGCGUUCAAGUCUUUAGUAGUGAGUAGACAUAAUAAUAUUGAAGAACCAGGGACGUUACAGAUGGUUGCAACAACAAAAGAACAAAACUUAAGAAAAGGUAUUCUCAUUUACAUUUAUUGUAAACUGUCUUUGUUUUCGUCAGAACUACUUGAAAAAUGUAAACAUGUAGAGGAACGUUUAUCAUUGAAUAGUACCAUCACUGAAAUUCCACAUUUGUUGCCGUUCCUGUCAAUGUUCUCCUUUCAUCUCUGGCGAUCUCAAAGUAUUAUUACGUUUCGUUUUCUUCAGUGCACGCGAAGUCAGCGUUCGAGGCAAUGAUGCGUGGUAAGAAGUCGAAAGAACGAGAAUCUGACAGCAAGGGAAUGAUUGUUGCUAAUGUUACCAAACUUGUUUGUACGUCCAAAAGUCAGAGUGAUUCUUUAAACGGUAAGAUUUUCAGUAUGUGUUUAACCGUGAAUUGGGAAUACGAGUGUCAGCUUGUGUCGCUUUACAAACUACCUCACUAUGUUCUUCUUUUAGUUGUAAUCGACGGGGUGACGUGGGAUGGUGUAAAAUUCUUCAGUCUCUCACCUCAAUGGUCAAGACAUGUUAAAACAUUUCCCAUUGGAUUAAUUGGUCCUGUAGAGUCGUGUUUUUAA